CCAAUGGUGAAAAUGAAUGUCCUUAAUGAUUGCCUCCGUUCUAUUGUGAACGCUGAAAGGUUGUACUUGUUGUCCUAACUUUUUAAGACAAGGAAGAAAGCAAGUGCUUAUUAGACCCACAUCCAAAUUAGUUGUGAAAUUCUUAUAAGUUAUGCAAAGACAUGGCUACAUUGGCGAAUUUGAAAUAGUUGAUGAUCAUAGAAGUGGCAAAAUUGUUGUUGAAUUAUUGGGUAUCCAAUAAUCAUUAAAUUCUAGGACGCAUUAAUAAAUGUGGUGUAAUCUCUCCUAGAUAUGAUGUUACAUUAGGAGAAUUUGAAAGAUGGGCUAACAACAUUCUACCUGCUAGACAAUUUGGUUGUGUAGUCCUUACAACUAAUGUUGGAAUCCUUACACAUGAAGAAGCCAGAUAAAGACAUAUUGGAGGUAAAAUCCUUGGUUUCUUCUAUUGAUAU